AUGACAUCCUCAGAAGUCGCCCAGAAAUCAACACAAGGCCAGCAAGUUGCUGCCAACCAACCUCAAUAUGCCCGUGAGGAGAAAGAGCAAAGUGCUAGCGCGAGCGCAAGUGCCGGUCUCAAUCUGAAUCUUUUUGGCGCAGUCUCAGGAGCCUUCUCCGGCAAGUCUAAGAAAGAGAAGCAGCCCGAUGGUAGCGAGGUCGAGCACAGAAAAGACAACUCGGCAAUCAAAGGUGUGGCCAUGGGUAAUGGAAGUGCUGCUGGAGCUGCCGACGCCGAGGCGCAUGGCAGAGAGAUGCGCGAGCGUAUUCUCGCUGGCGAGAAGUAA